CUCAUUCACCAGCCCCAUGCUGGCCACUGCUGGUGCCCAAAGGCCUUGACCACAAACAAGCCCCCGUAGCUCAUGAGAUGGGGCCUUGGCCUGUGCGGGUGUGGAUCAGGGCGGGCUGCCUGGAGGAAGGGGCCUCGGAGCUGUCAGGCAUGCAUUGCUGGCAGACACGGAAGGCGGCAGAUCGGGCCCGGUGUCCACCAUGCUCUCUGUGACGCCCAUCCCUGGCUGCCUUUGUUUCCCCAUCUGCCCCUGCCCGCCCCCCCGCCCCCCACUCCGGAACCCUGACCAGUGGGUGGGCCGCAGCCUGGAAUCCGCUGCCUGGAGUAACCAGAGAAACAGAACUCUGCAGGACUCUGAGCCUCUUCUCUGGGUGGGCUGCCCGUGCUCCCAUCUGCUGCCCUCCUGGCCUGCCCGGCCAGGCCCCCACCUCCUCAUGCAGCACCCCAAACCCUUCUACGCACCGGCCGCUCCCCAAGAAGGCUUCAGUCACCAGAGCCUGGAUGCCACCGAAGGGCCCGGCAGCCAGCCUGCUCCCGCCUGCACAGAGCCUCUUCCUGCUGUGGGUUCCUCCAACGUCUAUCACCCUCCAGACCUGGAGAAAGAGGUGUUUCCAGCUCCUCCAGCAGGUUUCCAGAUGGCGCCCUGCGGGUGCUUCUUUGACCCCCGCGUCUACCGAAUCGAGUGGGCCACCACCGACUUCGGCCAGUCGUCCCUGUACAAGCUGGCGGCCGGGGGCCCCCCCUUGCCGGGCACCUACUUCCUGGAGGCACAGCACUGCCUCAAGGCCCCGGUGCCGCCCCCGCCGCCCCCACUGUUCCCCCACUACCAGCCGCCCCCCGCGGGUCCCCGGUACCUCACGCCCUGCUUCCCGCCCGAGGGGCCCGGGGCCAAGGCCCUGGGCUUCGUAGAGGACGGAGGGCCCCCCGCCUUGAUCAAGCAAGGCCUGGCGCCCCCGCUGCCCCCGCUGCUCAUCACGCUGCCCGCCGAGGCCACGCUGCCCCCUGGCGCCUGUGGCCCUCUCAAGGGCCGCCUGACCUGGCUGGCUGGGCCCGGCGAGCCCUUGACCUUCCCCUUCAAGGAGCCGCCCCCCGGCGCCGGGCCCAGCCCGCUGUACCCGCCGGGCCCCACCGAGCCCAAGGCGGCCCCACUGGGGGCAGGCGAGGCUGGGACCCCUGAGGUGGCCAGGGCCUUCACGCCGCCCAAGGUGGUGAUGCUCGAGGACGCGAUGAAGCUCUUUGACUGCCUGCCGGGUGGCGCCGAGCCCGCCGGGGCCCCGUGCAAGCCCCCUGGGCCCGCCCUGCCCGACAGCGGGGGCGGCGGGGACGACUCGUCCAGCGACAUCCGCUCGCUGCACCUGCCCGAUGAGCUGCUGUCCUUCGACUACAGCGUUCCCGAGAUCCUGGAUACCGUGUCCGACGUGGACUACUUUUUCAACUUCAAGGCGCUGGACGAGGAGCCGCCGCCCCGCCUGGGGGGGGCCCCCACCGCCAAGCCCUCCGGCAAGCGGAAGGCCGGCAACUCAACUGCCAGGAAGGGGAGGCAGGGCAGCAAGGGCAAGCAGGCUGUGGUCCCCCCCAGCGCCAGCCGCUUGGGGCCCAGGCAGGACCUGGGAGCCGCCCCCCAUUAAAGCGGAUUUGAGCUGUUUGCGCAGUGUCCGGUCGGUGGCAUUCGGGGGCCGUGGGCUGUCCCCUCGCCCGCCCUGUCGUCCAGCGGG